AUGGCCGAGGACCCCAACCUGAGCGUGGACGCGGUGGUGGCGGCGCAGGCCCAGGCCCAGGCGCUGGCUAACCGGUUCGUGCAGGAGAACUCCGGCAUGGCGGCGAUGCCGGCCUUCCCGCCCGUGGGCGGCGUGGAGCUGGCAGACAAGGGCGGGCUGUACGAGGAGGACGGCGGGAACAAGCGCAAGUACGAGCCCGACGGCGACGGGGAGAACGGCGUGGAAGGGCCACUGAGGAAGAAGUUUUACAACGGGCCGGAUGAGGUCGCCGGCGUGACGCCGGACCUGGUGGCGCCCUCGCUGGAUCCGGCGACCGUGGCCCCGGCGCCGGUGGCCGCCGUGCCCGUCGCGCUGCCCGACCCCUCCGCCGCGCCCGUCGUCGCUCCGGGCCUGGAUCCCCCUCUGGUGCCCACCCCGGCGGGCCUCCCCGUGACAGUGCAGCUGCCCACGCCGGGCGCCACACCCGCAGCGGGCUUGGGCGGGGACGUCACCGACACGGUGACCUGCCCCUCGAUGCUGGUCGGCCGCCUGAUCGGCCGCAGCGGCGCCACAAUCAAGCAGCUGCAGCACGACACCAACACCAAGAUCCAGAUCGAUCACCAGGCGUCCGGGGACAUGAAGAAGGUCAGCAUCACGGGGAAGUCGGUGGAGGCGCUCGAGGAGGCCAAGCAGAUGAUCAAGGGGAUCCUGGAGGCGGACGGGCCGUCCUCCGCCCCCGGGGAGGUGUCCCAGACUGUGGACUGCCUUCCGGGGAUCGUGGGCAGGGUGAUUGGGCGGGGCGGGGAGACGAUCAAGGCGCUGCAGUCCGCCAGCGGGGCCAACAUCGUGGUGGACCAGAACUUCCCACAGGGCGUGCCGCGCAAGGUGAAGAUCACCGGCCAGCCGGAGGCUGUGGACAGGGCCGUGAAGAUGGUGACCGAGCUCAUCAACGGGGAGCCUGGCAGCGCACAGAAGGUGAUACAGAAGUACGGUGUUGGGAUGACGAAGGUGCUGGACUGCCCAAAGGCGAUGGUGGGUCGUGUGAUUGGAAAGGGAGGGGAGACCAUCAAGGCACUUCAGAGGGACACUGGCGCAGCUGUGCAGAUAGACCAGAAUGUGGAACCCUGCAAAGUCACGAUCUCCGGUCCACCUCAGAAAGUGCAGGCAGCUGCUGACAUGGUGCAGGAAAUCAUCAAUGGAGGCACGCCUCUGAGUCACAUGACCCAGUUCAACAAAUUUGGUGGACCUCCACGUGGCCAAAGGGGUGCCCCUCAGCCUGGCACCUUCCCCCCGCAAUUCCCUCCCUACCAGUAUCAGCAGCCGCCACCAGGGCCCUAUGGUGGCUACAAUAGCUACCCACCACCAGCGGCCCCUGCCCCUUACCCGGGCUACUACAAUGCCCAGGGCUAUGCACCCCCUUCAUACCCCCCCGCCCCCGCCCCAGCUCCUGCCCCUGCUCCUGCAUAUGGGGCGUACCCUGGAUAUGGCCAAGCCGAUCCGUAUGGCAACCAAGCGUACGGAAACCAGCCGUAUGUGCAGCCCAACACGGCAGCAGCGGUGCCGCAGCAGGCCCAGCCAGCCCCUGCGGCUGCGCCGGCAAUGGCGGAAUCUGUGUGGCAGGAGCUGCAAGAUGCUGAGAACAGGCCUUACUACUACAACACCCAGACUGGGGUCAGUCAGUGGGAGAAGCCUGCCGAGCUUCAGUAA